AACUUUUUUGUCUGGGUACUAUGAUAUUCGAUAACGUUUACUAUAUUAUAUAGUUGCACUGACGAUUAAAGAUAAAACCUCGUGGUGGUUGCACUACAUUUGAAUAGCGGCUACAGUGUGUGUUGCAUGCCAACAUUUUAAAGUCAAACCAAAUUUUAUUUUCACAACUUACGUUUUUUAUAUUUUGUACUUAAUUCUUAUAAUAAAACACAAUAUUAUUUGUUAUAAAUUAUAAUAUAAUUACUACAUAUUAUACCUAUACCUAGUACAAUAUUAAAAACUAUUUUAUACCUAUAAAAAAGUAUUCAACGUUUUUUUUUUUAAUUAUGGCUGAUGACUUUGUGGUAAACAUUGUAAAUGAACUAAAAUUAAGUGAAAGCAUAAUUCAAGUAUUCAAAGAUGAAGACAUUGACAGUUCUGCAUUUAUAUGUUUAACAGAGUGUAUGUUAGCUAAUUUAAUACCCAAAAUAGGCCAGAGAGCUAAAGUUUUAAAUAAAAUAAAUGAAUUAAAAAAGUUAGAAGAAAGAAAUAGUACUCAAUCUGUGCAGGUUGAUUCAGGUUCCUCUAAAUAUAAUAUAUUUGAAAAUGGAAAUUUAAGAGAAAUAUUACUGUUGGAAGAUAAUUCUGUGUUUGCAAAUAAUUCAGCAAAUAAUUUGUUAUUUGAUAAGAGCAAUACAAAUUUAUUUGAUGAUAAUAUAAAUUCUAACUUAAAUGAAGAUACUCCCAGUAAUAUAAGUUAUGAUGAUACAAAUGCUAAUUUAACUAGUUUGAAUAAUGUAACAGUUUUGCCAGAGCCUGAAAAGAAAAAUACUGUAAAUGAAAUCUUGUUGAAUCACUCUGAGGGAAAUAUAAUUUUGAAUUUCUAUAAAGCUAAUCAAUCAUUGAACAGUCUUAUGAGAAAUAAAAUGACUCAUGUAAUCAUUACUUCUAUGUUACAACAAAAUGAGAACCAGAAUUUACAAACAAAUUGUUUUAAAACCUUAGCACUAGAUAUCAUUAAAUUAUUUCCAACCGAAACUUCUCAGACAUAUUUUAUUCCAUAUCAAAGAGAAGGAGACAAAAAAACACCUAAUAGAGGAAAACUUUGGGAUAAAUAUUGCAAUCUAAGAAAAAUAAUUAGAGAAAUUUCAAAUAAAAAUAAAUUUUCUAAAGCAUUACCUGAUAGUUCAGAUUCAACACACUCUAUUAAUUAUGAAGGAAUUGAGGAUGACAUGUUUUGGUUGAAGAAUAAUGUAGCUCCUUGGGAAACACUUUUAGAAAAAUGGGAUAAGACUUUUCAACUACGAUAUAACAAUAGUACUAAAUUUAACGAAGAAAAAGACAUGUGUUUUAAAGUUUUUCCGGGGCUAAAAACUUCAACUGCAUUUGUAUUGAUUGAGAAUGAUUUUAGUAAAUUAUACCCUGAAAAAGAAUUUACUUUCUUUGUAAAAUUUGAUUUAUUUAAGAAACAACUUAUUAUGUAUACAGAAAAAUGUACACCCAAAUUUAAAGAAAAAUUUUCAGUUUUAUUAAACGAGUUGAAAACUCCUAGUUCUUCAGGAUAUGAUGAUAUUGCAGCUAUAAAAUUGUUAAUGGAACUAUUUUCUCCAGUCAAUAUAAAACGUAAAUUUGGAUUAAACUCUAAAACACAAUGGCGUCCAUCUAAAAUUGAAUUGCGACAAUCUUUCAUAUACUUUACUAAUAAUUUCACUCAAUUGAAAGAAAUUGAUGGAGAAACAAAAGAAAAAGCAUUAAGGAAAGGACAUAGUGUUCAACCAUACAUGAUAUUUGUUAAUGGAAACAAUGAUUUGGAAGUAUCUUCUUACUAUGUAGUAAUUAACAGUAAUUAUAUAAAACUGGAAAGUCCCCUAAAGGCUAUUGACAUAUGUCUUAAAAGUUUUUUUUCUUUUCAUUUAAAUUACCCACUUGAAUGUGAAGUUAUAUGGAUUUUCAUUCAGAAAUAUUUUUAUAAUAUAACCACCAAGUUUGACAAUAGUUUUCAACAAGUAAAUAGUAUUAUGAAUGAUUUAAACAUUUUAAAAUGA